UUCACUACCGAGACACAGACCUGCACAGAGCUGCAGAGACCUGGACUAGAGACCAGGACCCGGAGAACCAGAGACCAGGACCUGGAGACCUAGAGACCAGGACCUGGAGACCCAGAGACCAGGACCCGGAGCGGAUCAGAGAUGGACGGCGUCUGUCCGUCCCCGCUGUAGGUCCGUGAUGGCCGAGCUGUUUCCUGAAGGCGGAGCAGACCGAUCCCGCCUCCAUGUUGGUGGUCAUGGCCUCGCUGGACGGCAGCACGCCGGUUGAGACGCUCCUGUCGGCGAUCCACCUGGAGAGGUAUCUGGACACGUUCCGUCGCGCCGGACUCCUGCUGGCCCGAGACUUCACCCACCUGGACCACGAGGCCCUGGUGAGCCUGGGCAUCACCGCCACCGGCCACCGGAAGAGAGUGCUGCGCCUGGCCGCCCACAUCCAGAGGACGGAGACUCAGAGAGCCAAUCAGAAGGCAGAUCUCCCACGGGACCGCUGCCAGUCGGUAUCGGAGCAGGGACCCGUCCACUUCGAGGCGUUCAGGAACAGCUCGGUCCCGGACCUGGCCGCCAUGCUGAACUCUGACAGCAGCCGGCCGCUGGUGAAGCCGGUCCCCAAACCCAGAACCGUCUUCAACCGCCGCCGAACCACGCCCGUCCACUUCUGUCCCACGCCGGACCCGGCGCCGCCACCGCCCCGCAGGCUGUCCCAGGAGUCCAUCUGCUUCACGGUGCUGGAGGGUCUGAGCUCCGGGGACACGCCGAGCCGCCGGCUGAGUGCGGCGGAGCGCAGGAAGCCGAGCCGCAGCCUGAGUCUGUCGGACGCUGGCGGGUCGGUCCCUCCCGUCCCCCCGAGGCUGAGCCGGGCCACGCCCCCCGCCACGCUGCCGGCCUCCCCGCCCUCCUCUUCCCCUUCUUCACCUGUACGGACAGAGCAGACCCCUCCUAGGACUUCCUGUCCCGGCGGUCUGGACUCCAGCAGGCUGUCUGGAUCCUCGCCGAGCAGCUCGCCGGGAGGGGGCGGGCUGGAGAUGGUCUCCAACGAGAUCUACUGGGGGACCUCACCUGGACCUGCUGCUGCCCCUGCUGGGGGGAGGAGCUACUGCAGCCAACAGGCUCCGCCCACUCCACCCAGACAAACACCAGAGAGGAACCCUGAGAGGAACAGUGGCAGCACUUUAAGUAACAACUCUUCAGGAUCAGCCAGAGCGUCCACAGACGACCCGGAGGACGAGAUCAGUCCGUACUGUGAGACCGUCUUCCAGACCAGGAGACAUCCAGCAGUGUGUGAGAGUGAACGGAGCCGCCUGGAGGACAGAGACAGAUCUGCAGAGGAUCAUGGGCCUCACAGGUUCUGGUGGACCCGGCGUCUGUCCCAGGCUCUUCACUCUGGGGACUCUCAGGGUUACAGCACGGUGGGAGAGGCUCCGCCCCCCCUCCGCUACCUGUCCCUGCCCCCCCACAGCCUGGCCCCCGAGGCCGACGAGGACCUGACCAUCUCGCCCUACGCCAGCUACACCUCGCUGACCGAGAGGGCCCCGCCCAUCAUCAGCGGCUGGCUGGACAAGCUGUCGCCUCAGGGGAAUUAUGUUUUCCAGAAGCGUUAUGUGAAGUUUGAUGGGAAGAACCUGAUGUACUUUGGCAGUGAGAAGGACGUGUACCCUAAAGGAGUGAUCCCAUUGGCUGCCAUCCAGAUGGCCCGCCCAGCCAAAGACAACAAGUUUGAAAUAGUGACGAGUCAUCGGAUCUUCGUCUUCAGGACGGACAACGAAGUGUUGCGGCGGCGGUGGAUCGGGACGCUGCAGGAACACGUGAGGGAGCAGCUGGUGUUCGGGCGGCGGCGCUUCGGCCCCGGAGCUCACUGCCAGAAACACGGCGCCCUGGAGCUGAAGGGAACCAAGUCCAGAGUCUACGCCGCCAUCAACACGGAGCAGAUCUGGGUCUACAAGAGCCAGCAGUGUUUCCGUAACGGGAUCGGCAUCACGCUGAUCGAAGCUCGAGGAUCGACCAUCAGAGACGGAAAACACAAGAGCUUCGACCUCAUCACGCCGUACAAAACCUUCAGCUUCACGGCGGAGUCAGAGCGUGAGAAGCGUGACUGGAUGGAGGCGCUGCAGGAGGCGAUCGCUGAGACGCUGUCGGACUACGAGGUGGCCGAGAAGAUCUGGUCCAACCGCUCCAACAGGACCUGCGCCGACUGCAGGACCCCGAAUCCAGACUGGGCCUCCAUCAACCUGUGUGUGGUCAUCUGCAAGAACUGUGCAGGUCAGCAUAGAGGUCUGGGGACCAUGGUGUCUAAAGUUCAGAGUCUGAAGCUGGACACCAGCGUGUGGAGCAACGAGAUCGUCCAGCUGUUUAUCAUGCUGGGGAACGACCGGGCCAACGAGUUCUGGGCGGCCCGUCUGUCUCCGGGGGAGGAGCUAGACUGUGACUCCGCCCCCGAGCAGCGCCGAGACUUCAUCAGCCAGAAAUACAGAGAAGGACGCUUCAGACUGCCACACCCCCACUACAGCAGCCAGGAGGAGCUGCUCAAGGUUUUGUGCUCGGCCGUCUCUGAACAGACUCUUCUGAAAACUGUCACUCACAUCUUCUUGGAGGCGGAGUCAGCUCGCCUCGCUGACGACUCCAACAGCCAACGACAUCAUCAGCUGCUGGACCGCUGCGCCGCCUCAGACCCCAGUGUGUACGAUGAGAUCAUGCAGCCCGUCCUUCACUCUGGGUACCUGUACAAGUCCGGCUCCGCCCACAGAGGGACGCUGUCCAGGAAGACCCGAGAAGACUUCCAGAAGUUCUGGUGCUCGGUGGACCGGUCCCUGGUCCUGUACGAGUCGGAGCGGUCAGCUGAUCCCUGCCUGCAGAUCAGCGUCAGAGACAUCGUGUGUCUCGGAGUCAGCCGGCCCGACUCGUCCAACAGCAACAACGGCUUCAUCGACAGGUUCCGGUACACCUUCGAGUUGUAUCUGACGUCAGAGAAGCUUCAUCAGUUCGGUCUGGAGACGGCCGACGCUCUGCACAGCUGGACCAAGUCCAUCGGAAAGGCUGCGACCCCCCUGAGCUGUCACUGCCUGCUGACUCGGGAGUUUGAGCGCGUGGGUCUGCUGCGGUACCGGGCCAUGCUGGACCCCCAGCAGUGGAAGGAGGCCUACUUCGUCCUGCAGAAGUCCAACCUCUUCAUCUGUCCCCGAAAGGACGGAGCAGCAGAGGACAUCAUAAACCUGAACCGUCUGCAGGAGCUCAGUAUCGCCUCGGAGACGGAGAACCACGAGAAGAGAGACAUCCUGGUGUUAGUGGAGAAAGGAAGGACUCUCCACCUGCAGGGUGUGGGACGGACAGAUUUCUCUCUGUGGUACUCAGACAUCCAGCGAGCGGCCGGCGGGAAAGGAAACACUCUGCGGGAGCAGCAGCUGAGCAGGAACGACAUCCCCAUCAUCGUGGACAGCUGCAUCGCCUUCAUCACGCAGUACGGUCUGGGCCACGAGGGGAUCUACAGGAAGAACGGGGCCAAGUCCAGGAUCAAACUCCUCAUGGACGAGUUCCGGAAAGAUGCUCGGAACGUCAAACUGCGGAUCGGAGACCACUUCAUCGAGGACGUGACCGACGUCCUCAAGAGGUUCUUCAGGGAAGUCGACGACCCCAUCUUCAUGGCCGACCUCCACCCGCUGUGGCAGGGCGCCGCCAAAAUCCCUCAGAAGCGUCAGAGAUUGGACCGCUACAAAGAGAUCAUCCGGAGUCUUCCUCGGGUCAACAGGACCACUCUGGCUGCUCUCAUCAGUCACCUGUACAGAGUCCAGAAGUGUGCCGAUCUGAACCAGAUGUGCACCAAGAACCUGUCGCUGCUGUUCGCUCCCAGUCUGUUCCAGACCGACGGGAAAGGAGAGCACGAGGUGAAGAUCGUAGAGGACCUCAUAGACAACUACCUGCACGUCUUCGAUAUCGAUGAGGAGCAUCAGACUCAGAUCGAGCUGGAGAUCAGCCUCAUCACCACCUGGAAGGACACUCAGCUGUCUCAGGCUGGUGAUCUGAUCAUUGAAGUUUAUCUGGAGAUGAAGAUACCAGACUGCUGCAUCACGCUCAAAGUGUCUCCCACCAUGUGUGCGGAGGAGCUGACCAAUCAGGUGCUGUUCAUGAGAAACGUCCCCGCAGGAGACAAAGAAGUCUGGAUGACGUUCGAGGCCAUCGAGGACGGACAGCUGGAGCGUCCGUUACACCCCAAAGAGAAAGUCCUGGAGCAGGCGCUGCAGUGGUGCAAGAUGGCCGACCCGAGCUCCGCCUACCUGGUGGUGAAGAGAGUUCCUAAAGGAGAAGGAAUCAACAUCCUCACCUCUUAUAAGUGUGAGAUCAUGAAGAUCGGUCUGCUAAAGUGUCGUGAAGAACCUCCAAAGCUCCUUCAGGGGAACAAGUUCCAGGAGAGGACGUUCCAGAUCAGGAACCACAAACUGCUGCUGCUCAAAGACAAGAAGAGCAUCAAACCAGAGAAGGAGUGGUCUCUGAAGUCCAUGAAGAUCUACAUCGGCAUCCGCAGGAAACUGAAGGCUCCGAGCAGGUGGGGAUUCACUGUGAUGUCAGACAAACACCAGCUGUUUCUGUGCUGCAGCUGUGAGGCCGAACUCUGGGACUGGAUCACCAGCUUCCUCAAAGCCCAGAACGAUGACCCGGGCCCCCCUGUGCUGCGGCGCCACUCCUCCUCAGAUAUCUCCAAGCAGAAGUUCGGCACGAUGCCGCUGGUCCCGAUCCGAGGAGACGAGAGCAACAGCAGCAUGCUGACGGCCAAUCAGACGCUGAGAAAGUUACACGACAGAAGAACCCUCUCCAUGUACUUUCCCAUGAAGGUGCAGCAGGACUCGUUCGAGGAGCGUUCGGAGUCGCCGGACCUCCCCGAGCCGCUGUACGAGGAGGUCGGGGACUUUGGCCUGCAGGUCCUGAAGUCUCUGGAGACCAGCUUCCUAUCCAGCAGCGCCGCCGAGACCCAGGAGGUCCCAGAACCCCUACCGCUCAGACUGCUGCCCCUGGAGGCCGCACACCUGGACCACAGGACCGGCCCCGACCCGAGCCAGUCCAUCAGCGGUGACGACGGCUCCGUGGAGUCUCUAGAGCAAAGCGGAGGAGGAGGAGGAGGAGAAGGAGGUGACGGAGACGCAGCCAGGAGGAGGCAGCAGCUGCAGGGACUCUGUACUCCGUCACAGGAGCUGCUGCUGCAGGAGCUGUCCUCUGCUUUCACCAAGAAGGACCAAGAGGACCAGGAGGAGCAGGAGCACCAGAACCAGGAGCAGCAGGACCAGGAGGAGAAACAGGAGGAGGAGGAGGAGAGGCCGUAUGAUGUUUGAGAGAACAGACACAGCUCAGCUAAAUGGAUGGAAAUGUGUACAGAGUCUGGUGGAGUCGGAGGGACCAGGGGUUAAAGUUAAAGACCUGGACCUCCUCAGCGAACACUGUGAUUGGCUGAGAAUCCACCAGAUGUUGUGAGAACUUAUGUUACAUAUUUAUAUUACAUAUCUGAUAUAGUGUUAUUAUUAUAUGUAUAUUACAUAUCUUUGUAUUGUCUUAAGCCUAUUAACUCUUCUGUCACCCAACGUGUUUAUCACCCGCUCAUCUCCGCGGCAGCUUCAGCUGGUUCUAACCCUGCAGCGCCCCCUGAAGGCGUGUUUCAUACCGCUGAUUAAUACACAUGAAGAAGAACUCCCAACACCUGGAACACAUAAAUCACAAAACUUCCGAAAGUUCCGACACUUACAGUGUUAAACUGUAAAAUCACAGCUGUUUGUUUUUACCCUCAGAUAUAAAAUACUAAUAAUUCAGUUCCUGUGUUCCAGCUGCAACGUUUUGUUCUUUCAGACCUGCUUCAGAGCGUUAGUGAGUGUUUUUCUUUCUUUUUUUUACAUUGUGUCUAUAGUUGGAAUCACAUUUCACUAGCACAUUACACAGUCAUCACCAUUUUGAUAAUUGGAAUUGUGAUCCAUAUUUUCAGAUUUUUAUCUAGUUGCAAACAGAAACGAACAGAACUUGGGGGUGUUUCCAUCUACAGCAAGUGGUAGAACAGAUUAAAAAUGAAAAAUUAAAGUUACAUAAUAUUAAAUAAAAGAAGGGCGUUUAGGGGCGAUUUACACUCCACUUGUUCCAGAUUUCCUCAACUUUGUCUUUCUGAAUCCUCACAGAGAAAGUGAUUCUUCCAUUAGAUGAUGUCAUACCACUCGUCUAUAGAUGGGCUGUCUGGCUUCAGCCAUUUCCUUGUUAUACCUUGUUAUAGUUUGUUAAGCAGCUACACUCAGUAUGCCAAAAAGGUAUUUUAUGUUUUUAUUUGAGGACGUAGAGUGCAGAAGCCCAUAAAGAAAUUCAUCGCAAUUAAAAGCCAUGUUUCUCCCAAAUAUUGUCACCAAUUCUAUGUAGAUCUUACGCCAGAAAGCGUUUACAUUUGGACAGUAAUGAGUGUUUUUCAUAGCACAGCCAUGAUUGGUCAUCAGACAAAGUGGGUGGAGCUAAAACAACAUACUGGUUCUCUAAAACGUUUGUGUUUGAAGCAACAAACUUUAUUUUCUACGAGAAAGAUCCAAAAACACACUGAGACUGAAAUAGAGUGUGUGUGUGUGUGUGUGUGUGUGUGCGUGUGUGUGCGUGUGUGUUGAAAGGUUGGAAACAGACAACAAACACCUGAGAUAUUUAAAAUGUCAUCUGUUAAAAAUAUACGUUUCUCAGAUAAAACAUAAAUAAAAAUUAGUGAUGGAAAUAUUAUUAUUAAUUAUUAUUAUUAAUAUUAUUAUAAAUAAUAAUAAUAAUAAUAACAACUCUAAAACUGUAAACCUCAAUAUGUUUCUGUGUGUCUGUGAUCUGAUGAUGGAACAAACUGGUUUUAAUGGUGAAACACUGGAAACUGUUUCAGUUUAAACUUACUGUAUAAACUCUGCCUGGUGUUGUUGCUCUGAGUGACCAGCAGGGGGCAGCAGAGGCUCGGUGUUCACAUCCUGAACCUCAGUCACAGCACACGUUCUACCAUGAAGUCCUGCAUUAGAUAAAGAGCUCAAAGUGAAGCCGAUUCUGUCUGAAAUGUUUUGGAAGAAAAGUCCCGUGUGUCCUCAUGUCGUCUCACUGGUCCCCAUAUGACUCUAACACUGGCACACUUAUUGCUAUCUCCUGUCUGUCUGUCUGUCUGUUGAACAUAAAACUUCUAUAAAACUGUUUAUCUCCUCACUCUGCUGCACAUGCAGGAUGAUAUUAAAAUAUAUGUUUUGUUUCAUAAUCA